AUGGAGACAAAGUCAUCAAAAGAGAUCAUUGAUGAUCUUAACAAACAACUCACUCUUGAAAGAGCAAGAAGCAGACAACUCGUUGAGGAGGUCAAACAAUUGAAAGAUGCUCAACUUAGAAUCCAACUGGUAACAGAGAAUGAAGAGGAAUACAUUACCAACAAGUUUAUGAAAUAUUUACAUCAAUUAAAGAAAGAGAAAGAAGAGUUGGCUCUCAAAGUAGAACAAGAAGAAGAGUAUUUAACAAAUACUUUACAAAAGAAGAUGCUCGCAAUUAUGAAAGAGAAAAUAGAUUUAGAGAAUCAAUUGGAAGCAGAGGAGGAAUUCAUUGUAAAUAAAUUACAGAAACAAAUUCAAGAAGUAAUGAAGGAGAAAAAGGUUUUAGAAAAGAGAUUAGAAUCAGAGAUCAAUGAUCAUAAAUAUCUUCUUAAAUUGGAAGGAGAAGUAAUAGUUUUAAGAGAAAAGAUUAAAGAAUUAGAAGGUUCAAGUGAACAUAAUAAAGAGGACUUGGUUGCAUUAAAGUCAGAGAACUUUGUACUCUCACAAAAGAUAGCAAGAGAACAAGAAAGAAUAACCAAAGUAAACAAUGAAAAUACUAAUUUACUUUCAAAGUUGGAGAUUGGUGAUGAAAGAAACUUUAAUAAACAAAAAAGAAAUAGAAGUAUUUCAGUUCCGAAUGAAGUAAAGUUGAUUACACCAUCAAGUCCAUCACCAAAGGUUGCUGGAUCAGUACCAAUCAGCAGAGCUAGAUCGGCAUCUUCCAAUUCCAAUCCAUGUCUGAUUGCAAAGGUGCUCAAGGAAGGUUGGAUCAAGAUCAAAGUCGACACAAAGAUUGAAAAGCGUUACUGUGAGCUCUGUAGCAAUGGUGAGUUGCGUGAGUACCUCGACGAUACCAAGCAAGUACUUAUGGCAACCCAAUCGAUGGACAACGUAGUCGAUAUCACUGAGAUUCCAGGCACACCAUCGCUGUCCACUCCACUCUCUAGCUCUGGAAGCAGUACACUCGAACUUCUGAUCUCUCCAAACAACAAGGACACCUCGGUAUCCUACUACUCUAUCGACAAGAACGAAUUUAGCCAAUGGAAGAAUCUCAUGGUGCAACUCAUGCCAAAACCACCAACCACCAUGAUUUAA